UUGUAAAAAUUGAUAACACAAGUUGCCGAAAUACCUAUUAGUUUUAAUAUAAUUUUAUUUUGCUUUCUCCUUACUCCUUAGUCCUUAUGGCUAGCCGCUAGUAUAAUGGUGUAGACGUUUUAUAUUUUUAAUAGAUAAUAAUAAUAAAUUUGUGAUACACAAUAGGUACACUUAUACACAAUAAGUAUUAUUUAGAAAAUAGAAAAAUGUUCAAUUUAUAUUGCUUACUAAGUAAGCCGGCCGCAGCAGGAUUUUCUAGUCGAAGUUUAACUGCCAAAGCGAAAACGGCUGUCGUCAUGUUAAACAUGGGUGGACCACAACACGUCAAUCAGGUGCACGACUAUUUACAUAGGAUAAUGACCGACCGAGAUAUGAUGCAGCUGCCGUUUCAAAAUACUCUUGGGCCUUAUAUUGCGAGGAGACGGACGCCGGAAGUACAAAAAAAAUACGCUGAAAUCGGUGGCGGCUCUCCGAUUUUAAAAUGGACCAAUAUUCAAGGAAAGUUGUUGUGUGAAAAAUUAGACAAAAUAUCACCGAGCACCGCUCCACACAAACAUUACAUAGCAUUCCGUUAUGUUGAUCCGCUAACUGAAAAAACCUUUGACGAAAUAGAAAUGGACGGUGUUAAGCGCGUAGUACUUUUUUCUCAGUAUCCUCAAUAUAGCUGCGCAACCAGUGGAUCGAGUUUUAAUGCAAUUUAUUCUUACUUUCAAAAAAAUCAAUUUCCAAAUGAUGUUAAGAUGAGUGUAAUCGAUCGAUGGCCCACUCACCCAUUGUUAAUUAAAGCAAUAGGUUCAAGAAUCUCUGACGAAAUAAAAAAAUUCCCGGAAACAGAGAGAGACAAUGUUGUCAUAUUAUUUUCUGCACAUUCUUUGCCUUUAAAGGCUGUCAAUCGAGGUGAUGCGUAUCCUUCCGAAGUGAGCUCAACAGUUCACGCAGUAAUGGAAGAGUUAGGAUACGUAUAUCCUUACGCAUUGGUUUGGCAGUCGAAAGUCGGACCAUUACCUUGGUUGGGUCCUUUUACUGAUGAUGCUCUUAAAGGUUAUGUAAAACAAGGGAAAAAACAUUUUAUUCUGGUGCCCAUUGCCUUUGUAAAUGAACAUAUCGAAACAUUGCACGAACUCGAUAUAGAAUAUUGUAAGGAGCUGGGAGAAGAACUGGGAAUAAAAAAUAUACGUAGAGCUGCCGCACCCAAUGACCAUCCUUUGUUCAUUGAUGCGAUUGCGGAUAUAGUAUUGCAGCACUUACGAGACGUCAAACCAGUCGGACCAAAAUUUCUUUUGAGAUGUGCGCACUGCACUAGUGAUCGUUGUUACAAAUCAAAACAGUGGUUUUCCAAAAUAUGUAGGUCAGCGUAAGAUAGAAGUAAUGAUAGGAUUGUAAAAAAAAGGAAUAUGGAUGCCUAAAAUUAUAAAAAAAAAAAAAAAAGUUUCACAUUGUUU